AUCUAGAAGUGAAACAAUUUGAAAUCAAAAUUAAUGAAAUAAGGUUCAUUUUGAGUGCUGCUCUCGUUGAAGAUAAAUCGCGGUUCCUAAAUAGUAUAAGAUUUUUCGCAACAGAUAAAGAGAGACCAAUUAGGGAUAAAGAGAGACCAAUUAGGGAUUUAUUGAAAUAUAAAGGACACAUUGUUGAAACUUUUUCUGAUUCCGAAGGUGAAAGUGUAGAUAGUGAAGACGAUGAUGAUCUGAGCGAUAUUACUGAACUCAUCGAAGAGCUAUCUAAUAGGUGCUCUCAGCAUGAAAAAGAUUUUUUUUCUUUGCACAAUGUAAUUAACAAAAAGGCAGCGCUUCUUGAUUUGAAUAUACGUAAGUUCCGCGAUUUAGAUGAGAUUGCUAAGGACCUUAACGAAAAAAUUUCAGUGACCGAUUCCAGGUCAACGAAAGAGAUGGAAGAAACUAUUGAUAUAGCAAGCAGAACUACUGAAACGAUUGCUGAAAGACUAAAAUCAAUUAGUACGCGGAUUCGUGAUAAGAAUGAGGUUUUGAAACAAUACCAACAAGCG